CUAUUCAUGAACAGGGCUUCAUAUGGGGAGAUUGCAAGCCCGAAAAUGUUUUGAUCCUGAUGGAUAUCGAGAGGGAUAAUUGUCUGCGCGCGAAACUCAGCGAUUUCGGGGCGUGUAUUACGGCUCCGAGCCCAACAUCCGGCUUUCGGGGGGUUUCGUAUCCCUGGACGGCUCCGGAGGCUGCGGCGGCGAGAGGGUUUGACGAACUGGCGCACGCAGAGAUGUUUUCUCUGGGUCUCGUUUUAUGGGCAAUUGCCAUGGAUGGGCGACAGUUUGACUGCAAGUACUGGGGUCGAGAUCCCGAGAGGGAGAGGCAAAAUGUGGAUAUAGAGGAGAUUGAACGUAUUAAGGCAGGCGGGAACGGGCCGGAUGGGCUCUUGGAGAUCGCCGUGACUUCUCUACAAAGCUACCUACGAGGCUUCGAUGAGACGUAUACCCCGCUGGCACCAUAUAAGGACAUUGAGGUAUUUGCAGACACUUUGAAAGUUACCAUUGUGUCUCAUCCUGCCCGACGGGAGAAAAGUGCAGAUGUUCUGGUGGCAGCAUUUUCAUCCGAAAGCUCCAGAGUAUCAAAGCCAAAAGGCACAGCAAAUUCCGCCGAAUUCUCGGGGGAAAUCGAUCUGGCAUACCUAUCUUCCACGUACGGGCCAGGUACGAAGCUUGACGUAGUCGCUUCGCUAAUUUUCCAGAAUAUCUGUAAACUCGGGAAGGAGAUCCAGUUUGCGCCUUCUCUGUUCCAUGCAAGCCUAUCUAGUCUGGUAGGAUUCGGAACGGACGUUGACUACUCGUUGGCGCAAGAGCUGAUGAAACAAGCAGCAUCAGCGGGGUUGAAGAGGGCACAGGGUUUACAUGCCGCAGUAUUAGCUAUUGAGAAUAGCCAAACACCUACGGAGCAAGAAGAUUUUCAGGAGGCCAGAAGUGCGACAAGUCAAGAUGACCUUAUGUUCUUCGAUGAUCUUGGGCUGGAGGAUCAGGAAGAGCCGGGGACAGAACGGGAGCAGGACUCAAUAUCGGAACCGAGGAGUGAUGAUGACAUACAGAAAGAGUGGCUCAUCGAAGCGGCGGCUGCAGGAUCAUGGGUUGCAUGUAAACUAAUGGCCGAGAGUGACCCAGCCGGUCUCCUACGCCUUCGCAGUCGUUCUAAGCAUCGAUUUGGGUGUCACAGGGGAAUACCCAAUCUGUGUAGUGACAGAGAGGAGACUUGUGAAUGCGACGAGGAAAGCGCGGUCGGCAGUGAUUGGACCAAAAUAACAGAAAGGAAUCAACUUGGGGAGACGCCUCUCAUCUAUGCCAUGAGAACCGGGAACUUGGACGCUGUGGUAAUGCUACUACCGGCGGUAACAGAUCCGACCGUGACCGAUGAUCGAGGUGUGACAGCAUUACAUUGGCUCGUGUCAAUGUCUGAGGAGAGUUUGCAUCACAUACAGCCGCUUCUUACGGCAAUUCCUCUUGAUAUUCAGAGUCAAGUGGCUGUGGAAGAUCCCAGAUAUUAUGGCACCAGAUUUGAACCCGGAACUCCCUUGGACUGGGCCGUCGAUGGCAAGAAUAUUAGUGCAGUCCGCAUGCUCCUUGAAUUGGGCGCAGAUCCAGCACUGGAGCCCAAAACGCGUCCAUCUGCACUCCACCGUGCCGCCGCGUGCCACGACAUUGAAACCUGUCGAAUUAUCCUUUCACAAAGGCCCGAUUCAAGAAUCGAUGUGUUUGACAGGCACGGGCAGUCACCCUUAUCCUCUGCUCUCCAGCCACACUUUGCGCUUGAACGACGCUUACUGCACCUCGCCCCGGGGAGGAUGAUCCUGCAGGAGUUGAUCGACUUAUUCGCCACCAAUGGAGCAGACAUCAGCUUCGUCAAUCAAUCCGGAGAGAAUAUGCUGUAUUGUGCGGUCCGUGAGGGCUUUCUUGAAGGAGUUGAGACAGUCUUGGGCUGGAGCACUGAACAACUGGCGAUAAAGUCUCUGAUAACAAUACGAACUGGUCCCAAUCGUUGGUCGAGCCUUCGCCGGGCGCUGUAUGCAACAGAUAUAAAAAUUAUCAAAGCUAUUUUCCGUUGUUUAGCUCCCGAGGAACUGUACGAAAUCUUGGAGGGUGAUCGAUCCCCAGAUGGAUUGACUCUACUGCACGAGCUUGCCUUCCUACCUGAAUCGACGGCCCUUGACAUUGCUCGUCUCGUUGUCUCCAAACUCAACGAGAGCAACAGAAGUCUACAAGGCUGCGUUGAAAUGCCCCGCAUGUCGGAUAGAGGCAGUAGGCCCAACCUUACAGCUUUCCAGCUAGCCGUGCUCUGUCGGAAGUCGGAGUUGGCAGACUAUUUUGUCAAGUACGGCGCCGAUCCGUUAGCGGGAGUUCAGAAGCAACGCUUUCUUGGAUCGCUCAUCUCCUAUCUGAGGUACCAGGCCGAUGUACCCAGCGGGUGGCUUCUUCAUGUCCGCGACGAUAAGGUUCCUAACACUCUCCGACGAUUCCCACAUCCGGUCCUGGCAGGUGACGCCGUGGGGUAUCUCCUUCGGCACGAAACGAUAUGGUGGCAGGGCCGAGCUACGUUCGACAAUGAUCCGGACCAUGAUCCAAUGAUCGCUUGGCGUCCUGGGGUCUCCACGAGUAUUUGGAUUGCUUACAAUACGAUCCAAGGCCGUGGUAGCAUGGUAAACGACAGUUACCAACGUGCAAUCGAAAUGUAUGGGACUUCCGGUCACCUUGAUACCAACACUCUAGUCUUCCGUCAUCGAUCCCGCCAUGUACGGGACUAUAAGUCGUUCCUUAUUUGUUAUCAGCAUGAUCCGCAGAAGGAAUCCUCUCGCCGUCAUCCGUAUAUCACUGCCCUCGAGUUGGCGUUCGACGUAGCUGUGACUUGUCCCUAUCGGGUUCACGGUGAGAAGCUUUUUUGCAAAGUACUAGAGACUUAUAACGGACCAACACAUUGUAACUUUCCCUACUAUCAUUACUUUCCCUGGGGCCGCUCCCCCAUGCGGAAUCUAAGUCGCCGGAACACCUUGCUACAUCAGGCGAUCCGUCUCCAAAAGCCGUCUCUCGUAAGCGCGUUACUGGAGAACGGGGCUGACUGGGACAUGCCAACCCUCAGUUGGCAAACACCGCUACGCCUCGCGAAUAUAAUGAAUACCUCACUGUCUCCGGAUGAUCAAACGAAUCGAGGAACAUUCCUGCAGCGCCUGAAUCCUUCUGUGCCACCGGUCGCCAUGCAACUUGCUCCGGAGGAAGCGGAGAGCGAAGCCCAAUCCCCUACUCGAUCGAUCCAAUGCUUACUAGAAACUCACGCAAUGCGGUAUUCCAGGCAGCGUAACUGGGCUUUUAUCAAGGCAUUCCGCGAGGUCCACUGGCCCUGGAAUGAAUAUGAAACUGACCAGCUCGGGGUCCGAUUCAUCUUCUUCUACGUCUCCCUCCUCAGUCUGUUUUUUCUCAUCAUCUCCGCCCCACUUUAUAUUCUCUACGUAUACAAAUCGUGGAUAACAUUCAUCGAGUUUUCGGACGCCAGAGACGCAGUUACAUCGCUGCUUAUUGUCGCCGAUUGCGUGAUGCUCGCGAUCCACAAUGGCCUCAAUCCACAAGAAGCAUGCCUCACUAAGUCGGGCAGCGGAGUACAUGCGCUCACGGAGUACAUGUUUCCGCCGCUAGAGCAGGUGAGUAACAUGAGCAUCGCCACGGCCAAUAUUGUUGAGUCAUGUUUCAAUGGUACUCUCCCCGAUCGACUGCAGAACACGACCUGUCUGGGAGACUACACGGCAAUGGCAACACAUGGUCUAGAUAACCUUAUUCCCGGGUGUAGCGACCAUAUUCCAAAAUGGAUGGACCUAAUGGCAACCUUUGACGCGGCGGACAAGGCUCUUAACGCGAAGAUGCAGGCAUAUUUGCUGAAAGAGUGCAAGUGUCAAUGUGGUUGGAGGGGCACGCCAUAUCAUCACAAGUGGGACAACUACUGAAGGCCGUUCCCAUAGCUGGUCCCAUAUGAGU